UUUGAAUAAUACUAUUAUUUGACAUUCAUUUUUUCGUCGACCGUCGAGCAUACAGCUAUAACGUGCCAUAAAUUUGCGACAAUUAUGGAAAAAAGUGUUGUAAAAUUACCAAAAAUGGCACAAAAAAAGAAAGGAUCAAUUGCUUCAUUUUUUAAGUUAACACCUACUACCUCAGAAUUUAAUUGAACUCAUAACAACGAUACUCUUACGAAUAAACGAGCAUCUUCGCCAGUUAACUCGAUUGACUCUGCUAAAAUUUGUCGCACUUUAAGUUUAGAUACAAAAGACUCAAAUAAUAUUUCUUUUACUGAGGACAUAAACUGUAGUAAUAAUUAUGAUAUUGAAUUUUAUAUUAACCGUAAGUUAUCGAACGAAGAUAUCUUAAUUGUUAUGACGAAAAUUUGGAUGCCAAAUAUAUCAUUCAAAUUCCCACAAAAACUAUAUACAGUUCAAAAUAAACCAAAAUACUUAAAGUUCCAGUAUUCAUGGCUAUUAAGAUUCCCUUGGUUGGUAUACUCGAUAAAAGAAAAUGGUGCAUUUUGUCAAAUCUGUGUAGCUUUUUCCAAAUUGAAUGAAAAUAACGGACAAAUCUUAGGUGCAUUAGUAAAAAAAAAUAUGAUAAUUGGAGAAAUGCUAUUGUUGUUUUCAAAGAACAUUCUAACAAGGGUUACCAUAAAACGUGUGUGUUAAGUUCAGAUAAUUUUAUGGAUGUUGUAAAACAUCCUGAGAAAUCUAUAACGUGUAAAAUAGAAACUGGAAGAGCUGAACUAAUUAGAAAAAAUCGAAAAAAUAUAACUCCAAUAAUUCAAACCGUAAUUUUAUGUGGUAAACAAAAUAUUCCUCUCAGAGGACAUCGAGAUUCUGGGAAAAUUAUUGUUGAACAAGAAAAUGACAGGCUUAUCCAAGAAAAUCAGGGAAAUUUUAGAGAAAUAUUAAGAUAUAGAGCCCAAGGAGAUAAACAUUUAAAAUCAUUUUUGGAAGCUGAAGGAACAAUAAAAUAUACAAGUGCAACACUUCAAAAUGAAAUAAUUGAAUCCUGCAAUAAAAUUAUUUUAAAUAAAAUCGUAACAAACAUAAAUGCCCAAAGAUGUUUCACAAUACUUGCUGAUGAAACAGCUGACAUUGGUGGAAUCGAACAAGUAUCUUUGUGUGCACGAUAUUUAGAUGUUAAAAAUAUGAUUAUGAAGGAAGAAUUUCUUCAGUUUGUGCCUACGACAGAUACUACUGGAAAAGGUUUAGCCGAUAUUAUUAUACAAAGUUUACAUUCAUUUGGUGUAGAUACAAAAUACCUUAGAGGACAGGGUUACGAUGGAUGUGCUUCUAUGUCUGGUCAAUUUAACGGAGCUCAAGCUAUUAUUCGCCAAAGUCACCCGCUUGUGACGUAUGUUCAUUGUGCUGCUCAUGUUUUAAACCUUGCUAUUUCUUAUUCAUGUUCUAUACAAGAAAUACGAAAUUGUUUAGGAACAAUAUCUAAAGUUAGAGAUUUCUUUAUAUACCCGAAGCGAAAAGAUGUGUUGAAAAGUCAAAUCGAAGAAAGCCAAGAAUGUAUUACAAAAAAAACAUUAAAACGAUUAUGUGCGACUAGAUGGGUUGAACGUUUUCAUGCUGUCAAUGAUUUUCUUGAGCUUUUUGAGUACGUAAUUGAAUCGUUAUUUAUAAUUUCGAAGUGGAGUGUUACUGAAAUAUCAUCACAAGCAAGCAAUCUACGAACAUCAAUACUGAAAGGAGAUUUUAUUAUUUGUUUACUUAUUGUGAAUAAAGUAUUUAGUUUUGGGUUACCUCUUUCAAAACAACUUCAAAGAAUAAAUAUUGAUCUAGGUGAAGCUAUGGAUCUUGCGGAAGAUACAAUAAAAGAACUUCAAACUUUAAGAUCGAAUGUUGACUCUGAAUUUCAUAAAAUUUUUGAAAAUGCAUUGACUUUAUCAAAUAAACUAGAUACAAAUAUUUCCAUACCACAUAUUAUAGGAAGACAAACGAAAAGAGUAAAUAUUGAGACAAAUUCACCAGAGUCAUAUUUUCGAGUUGCUUUUUUUAUUCCAUACUUAGAUACAUUUAUAGAUCAACUAAAUUUAAGACGUUUAGAAAGUAUUAAAUCAUCAAAUACACCAAGAAAUGCCAUGGAAGCAAUAGUUUUAUGCAAUAGCCAAAUUUAUCCAAAUGUAUUUAAACUCUUACAGAUUUUUGCAACUUUACCAGUAUCAACUGCAUCUAAUGAGAGGUCGUUUUCUAAUUUGAAAAGAAUAAAGACAUACUUGCGAAACACAAUGUCACAAGGGUGGUAA